GUACUAGUUUAUUUAAAAGAAGUGAAAAGACAUACUCAGACAUACUCAUACAUGACACAGUUCAAAUUACGGCAGCAUUUUGAAACGAAGAAGCCUCGUGAGCGCAAAGUUCAGAUUACCUGAAAAAAAUCUCAUGAGCUUAAGAGAUAAUUCAGACUUGCACAGCGAAGAUGGAUGAUUGGGGGGAUAUAAGCGCAGAGGAACUGGACGCCCUGGAAAGAGACGCCCUUAGGCAAUUGGCUGAACGAAACAAUUCCUCCUCCGCCGCCACAACCAGUAACAACAGGAGCAAUGACACCAAAGCGUUUUCUUUUCCCGCGAAUGUUCCAUCUUCUCGUUCUCCAGCCAAGCCCACAUUUCACACCAAGAAUUUGGCGGAGCGCGAUUCUUCUUCUUCCGCUGCUGCCAUAGCAAGAAAUAGUCGGGGAAUUAGCCCUAAAUUAUCUUAUCCGCCGGAAUAUGGGAACUCUUGUCGUUCUCCGGCCAAGGCCACCUCUCACUCUCGCCCGCCAGUGGAUGAUGAUAAGGCGAGAGCAUUGCCUUCGUCUAUAGUGCCACAUGCAAUUGAUGAUCCUCCUAAGCAACAGCUUCAGAAAGUUAUAGUUAAAUUUUUUCUGCAUGCCACUGGAAAUAUUGCUGCAAAAUUUCCUUAUGACAAGGUACUCCUUGGAGCUUUCCACAAUAUUCCAAGAGCUAGUUGGAAUUCGAAAGAAAGGUUGUGGAUGUUUCCUAUGUCAUCACUAUCAACGGCAGAAAGUGUUCUUCGUGAUGUCCCUAACUCUUAUGUGGAGAUAGAGAAUUUGGAUCCUCUGGUGAGACGUGCUAUUGCUGCUGCCACAUCAAUCCCAGAUCUUCAAGGUAAAUUUGUUUCUUCUGUUUGCUGUCAACUUAUCGGUAUGAUAAAAUUCCCACAAGUAUUGAAGCAAAGCUCUUGCCUUUUCAACGUGAUGGUGUCAGGCAAUAUAGAAUUGGAAUUUGCUAAUUUGGCUCUUUUCAGAUUUGUAUUGCAGCAUGGAGGACGGGCCCUUCUGGCUGAUGAGAUGGGGCUAGGCAAGACUCUUCAGGCCAUUGCAGUAGCCUCUUGCAUUCGUGAAGCAUGGCCAGUUCUGAUUCUUACUCCGUCUUCCUUGCGCCUUCACUGGGCUUCUGUAAGUGAACUGGUUGGUAUACCAUUGCCUAGAAAUGGUUGUGCAUUCACAUUGAAAUCUGCUGUUUUCAUGCAGAUGAUUCAACAGUGGCUGAAUAUUGCCCCAUCAGAUAUACUGGUGGUUUUGUCUCAGUGGUGUGGUUCAAAUAGAAGCGGAUUCAAUAUAGUGCCAUCAAACACUAAAAGGCCCGUGAAUCUUGAUGGGCUUUUUAACAUCAUAUCCUAUGAUAUUGUACCAAAGUUACAAGACACACUUUUGGCUUCAAAUUUUAAGGUUGUGAUAGCAGAUGAAUCUCAUUUCUUGAAGAAUGGCCAAGCAAAACGGACAAACGCGUCCCUUCCUAUACUCCAGAAAUCGUUAUUCUGCACAAACCUUAGCCAACGGCUUGCUGAGGCGAGUCUCGGCAUUGCGAUUUUAAAGGCCAACUCUAAUCAGUUUUUGUUGCGAAUAUCUUCACAGAAAAAGUCCUUUCUGGAAGCAUUGUAUCCUAAUGUGUAUAGUAAUGUUCAUGACUAUGGCAACCGUUAUUGCAAGGGUGGAAUAUUUGGACUCUAUCAAGGUGCAAGUAAUCACGAAGAGCUGCAUAAUUUGAUCAAAGCCACACUCAUGAUUCGUAGGCUCAAGAAAGACGUUCUUUCCGAGCUUCCGGUGAAACGUAGGCAGCAAGAACAACUCCCGUCUAGCUCUUUAUUUAAAUACAAUAUGCUUUGUUUGGUUUUCUUGGAGUUAAAGGACGAGGACAUGAGACAAAUUAAUGCACUUUUUCGCGAGCUAGAGGUUGUAAAAGGAAAAAUUAAAGCAUGCCAGUCAAAAGAAGAGGCUGAAUCACUCAAGUUUACGGAAAAAAAUCUUAUUAAUAAGAUCUACACUGAGUCAGCAGAAGCCAAGAUUCCUGCUGUUCUGGACUACUUGGGAACCAUAAUUGAGGCAGGCUGCAAGUUUUUGAUAUUUGCGCAUCAUCAACCUAUGAUUGACUCAAUACACAAGUUUCUUCAGAAGAAAAAGGUUGGAUGCAUAAGGAUUGAUGGCAGCACUCCAGCAGCAUCAAGACAAUCUCUUGUAACGGAAUUCCAGGAGAAAGAUUCAGUGAAAGCUGCAGUGUUAUCCAUCAAAGCUGGAGGUGUUGGCUUAACACUCACUGCAGCAAGCACAGUGAUCUUUGCAGAAUUAUCUUGGACUCCAGGGGACAUGAUUCAAGCUGAAGAUCGUGCUCAUAGGAUUGGUCAGGUCUCAUCAGUCAAUAUAUACUACCUGCUAGCAAAUGAUACUGUCGACGAUAUUAUAUGGGAUGUCAUUCAGAACAAAUUGGAAAAUCUUGGACAGAUGCUCGAUGGACAUGAGAAUUCCCUUGAAGUUUCAGCUGAUCUACCACAAAGCAGCCCUAUGAAACAGAAAACACUUGAUAACUAUGUAAAGCGCUGUAGUACCUCUUACUUUGAUGAGGAGCCCAAGCACAAAUACCCCAGGAACUGAACUUAGUCUCUACUUGCAUACGGAUAUUCGUAUUAGCAAAUUGUGUCGGCACUCUGCUGGUGAAAAGUUUAAAUAUUCUUAGUCUCUACUUUGUUAUCGCUUUGGACUGUUGGGGUUAUAUAGAUGGUGCUCCAUGGCAGUACUUCAAUAAGGUUAGACACUGUCCUAUGUAUGUUUACAUCAAAUUGGGAAAAGUAUGAUCUAUACUAUUAUAAUUUUAAAAGGAGAAGUGAUUUUAUAAAAAAUUGCACAGAC